UCUCUCUCUCUCUCCAUAUACUUUUCCAUACACUAUCGUCUCUGUUUCCCAAGUUCGAGCAAGCUCUGCCAUGGCUAUCGUCUCCUCCUGAUUCAAAAUUCUCACAAAAACGAGAAAACCCACUUGCCAUAAUGCUCGUCCCACUUCAUUCUUGAGCUCGAAAUCUCUGUUCUCUGUCUCUGAUCGACAUUUCCCACCAAUCGAAAGCCUUUUCCGUCUACUUCUUUCACUUCUAUUCUGUUUCGAACGCGUAUUUUGAUCACCCGGGACUUUUCCUAACAAAAAGUCAAUCGCUUGUAUAUUAUGCUUGGAUUCGGAGGAACUGAAUAACCGUACUUUCCUCGAAGCCCAAAACCCCCCCAUCACAUUUUGUUCUUAUUAUCAUUUUUUUUCUUCCAUUUUUUUUCUUUGUUCAGAUUGUACCAAAAUCUGGUUUUGCCAUGAGUUUCCUCUCAAGACCCUCUUCGUUGUCUCAUUUCCUAAUUGCUUACCCUUCCCUGCGGUGGAUGCCAUGCCAGAGUUGGGGGUUUCUCCGGUGGCCGGGGCUUGAUGGGUUCAUGAGACUGUUGGUGGUGUUUCUUCUCUGGUCCAUGCUUUCUGAGAUUCGCUUCAUUCCAUCUUCUUCUAUGUACCCGACUCUCCGUGUCGGCGAUCGUAUCAUCGUCGAAAAGGCUUCAUAUUACAUAAGAAGUCCUGCCAUAAAUGACAUUGUGACAUUCUUUGAUCCAACACAGCCGUCAGAAGACACGGAAAAGAACGUUUUCAUAAAGAGAAUUGUUGCAAAAGCAGGGGACUUUGUUGAGGUUAAUAAUGGAUUACUCUACGUGAAUGGAAUUCCACAGAAGGAAGAUUUUAUAGCAGAACCACCUAAAUAUACAUCAAAUUUAGCUCGGGUGCCUAAAGGUCAUGUUUAUGUGCUGGGAGACAACCGUAACAAAAGCUAUGAUUCCCACUUUUGGGGAUCCCUUCCCAUGAAAAACAUCAUCGGAAGAUUUGUAACGUGUUGCAACAGACCAUCGAAGCGCUGACAUAAGAGUCGAAGAUUUGGCUUAUCACAUGAGAAUGGAAGCAAAACAACACGGUUUACAUGUCGUUGUUCUGCCUGUCGACGAUCCAUUGUUCGGUUUAGUAAUUAAAAGUAAUGUUAGGAUGUUGUUCUCUUUGUAUCUUUGUUUGUUUGUUGUAAGAUGUGACUUGAUGGUGGACAUUUGUUGGAAGACCGAACAUUUUUUAAUGUUUUCAACAGCAGACAAUAUAUUAUUAUGCUAUGCCGGUUUCUUUUAAGGA